AUGCCAUACCUUGCAGGAAAGGAAAUUACCCAGAAUGGCCUGGGUCUAAGCCGCUUCACCCAGCCCGGCUUCAGUCUAUCGGAUGAAGAAACCUUCAAAGUCCUCAAAGCUGCCAUUAAUGCCGGCGUCAAUGUCUGGAAUGGUGCCGACUUCUAUGGGACCCCAGACAAUAACUCUCUCCAUCUCAUGAAUCGCUAUUUCUCCACUUACCCGGAAGACGCAGACAAAGUUGUGCUGUGUAUUAAGAGUGGAAUAAAGGAUAUGAGAACAUUUGCUCUGGAUUGUUCCCCCGAAGCUCUUCGCGCUUCUCUUGACAAUGCUCUCAAAAUCCUCGAUGGCAAGAAGAAGAUUGAUAUCUUUGGAUGCGCAAGAACAGACCCUGCCGUUCCGGUGGAAGAAAGCAUCAAAGUAUUGGCUGAGAUGAAGGCAGAAGGCAAGAUUGGAGGGAUUCAAUUGAGUGAGGUGCGGGUUGAAACGAUUCGUCGAGCCGCAGCUAUCGCACAAAUCGACAUGGUCGAGGCCGAAAUCAGUCUAUGGGCCACUGAUGUCUUUGAGAAUGGGGUGGCCGCUAUCUGUGGCGAACUGGGCAUUGUUCUCGUAGCACAUACACCCUUAGGAGCGGGCAUGUUGACUGGACAAUUAAAGAGCUUGGAUGAUGUGCCGAAGAAUGACUAUCAUCGCCACUUUCCUCGUUGGCAACCCGAGAAUUUCGACAAGAACUUGCUACUUGUGGAGGAGUUGAAGAUAUUUGCAAAAGCUAAGGGAUGCACCACCUCUCAGUUGGCUUUGAAUUGGAUCAAGAUUCAGAGCCGGAAGCCGGGUAUGCCUGUUCUUGUCCCUGUGGCUGGUUCAAGAUCCGUACAAAGAAUUUCCGAGAAUACAAAAGACAUCGACCUGACAGAUGAUGAUAUCGCAAAGUUGAGUUCCAUCUUAGACAAGUAUCCCGUGGCGGGCGACAGAUAUCCUCCCAUGGCAAAAGCAUUAGCAGAGUACUAG